AACGACGACGACGAUGAGGAAGGACGGAAUGUGGAGAGUACCGGUGAUGAGAAGCAGGACUCUGAACCGUCUGGUUCCUCUUCCUCGUCGUCUUCCAACUCUGACGAUGGUGACGGUGGCAACCACGAUGAUGAUGAUAACCAUGAUGACGACAAUGCCGGCAUCGGUCCUACCUCUGAGAGCCUAGACUCUGAACCAGAGUUUAUCCCUGUCGCCACUCCUUCACCACGCUCUGCUCUGGAUAUCCUCUCCUCUUCUUCCUUCUCCCUCGACGAUCUGCUGGAAGCACCUGAUGUCCUCUCGCUUUGUGCGGAUAAGCAUCCGAUGAUGGUGGCUGCUCUCUCUCGUGUGGACAACAUCAAGGCUUUGCUGGCGGCCGCCCUCUCGCCCGGUGAUGAUGAUGGCUCGCAGAAGCGUGCGGGUGCUGCUUGUGAGAUCAUCACCUUGGAUGUGGUCACCGUUGGCUUGACAAAGACGGAUGGUGUUCUCUGUGGCCUCUUUGCCCCCUUCUUCAAGGAUGGCCUCGUCGUCGGUGGCGUGCUCGCUGAUGACCCGGAGCCAGACGCAGCAGGUGCUGCCGGGGCGUCGGGGACUGCAGAAGCCGCAGGCUCAGAUGGUCAGGGUGACGACGAUGACGAUCGCCCAGACUCGCCGUCGUCGAUGGUGUGCAUCUCCGAUUCGGAGCUGGAGGUCAGCACGGCCGCGCUGCCGACCCAGUCGUGGCCGGUCCCGUGCCCCGAGCCCGACGAGGCCGUGACUGACUACGUGCGGCCGGCGAGUCUGACGCUCAUUUUUUUCGCUCGCAUUAUCACCUUCCUCACCGAGCGGCGGCACACGACCGCGGACCUGUACGAGGUCAUGCGGCGUAUGCCAGACCUUCUCCCGCGGAUGAUGCACUCGAUCGAGGACCGGUCGAUUGUGGAGGCGCUCCGUGCCAUCACCACUGUCCAGCCCGACCGCACGCCGGCGUGGCUCCAGUCAGUCCGCGAGAUCCUGCCGCAGCAGGGCGACCUUCGCCAGUGGCUCCUCGCCAACGGCUUUGUCGAGCGCCUGCUGCACUUUCUCUCGCCGGCCCGCCCACGCGCCGCCCAGGAGCACGCCUCCAUCCUGCUCCGCGUUGCCCUCCAGGGCUCGUCCAACGACUUUGGCACCUCGAUUAUCAACACCGACGAGCGCUCCCUCUUUGCCGACACCAUCCUCUCGGCGCCUGUUGCCGCCGUCCUCGGCUCGUACUUUGAGACCGUGUGCGCCAAGGGCCGGACCGACGAGUCGGCUUACGUCGUCGACCUCAUCAACGCCAUCCUCAAGAAGCUCGACGCGGACAUUACCGAAAAGGCCGACCUCGGCCUCGACUACCUGGCCCAGGCCCAGGUCCUGUCAGCAGACGGCCUCGACUCGCCGGCGGCCACAGCGGCGCCGCUCGACGAUGCCUCGGAGGACUCUGCUUCCGAGCUCUCCGAGCCUGCGCUGAGCGAGGUCUCGGACGGAGACAAGCUCGAGCUGCAGGCCGCCGCUGACGGUGGCGCCGUGCUCAUCGCCUCGCCAGCCGUUGCCGCCUUUUCCGCGCCUGGCGACGCCAUCGUCGAUGCUGCCCCUGCGCCGCCGUCGGCGGCAUCAGCCGCGGCGAACGAGGAUGCUGCCGCCGCCCGCAAGGCAGCCCGCCGCGCCAACCGCCUUUCCAUCGACAUGACCGCGCUUGCGACCGGCGCGGCGGCCAGCGCCGCCGGUGCCUCUGGCGCGGUGGCGGCCACGAGUGCCACCGUCUCCCUCGACCACCUCGGCGCGCCGCCCCCGCUCCUGGUCGAGCUCCAGCCGCAGCUCGCGGCCUGCCUCCGUGUUGUCGAAGAAGUCGCCGCCGCAGUUGCUGCUGCCGACGCUUCGGACGAGCCGAUCCCUGCUCUUGCAAGUCCUCGGGUCUCCAACCUUUCUUCGGCAGCGCCGGCCCUCGACGCCACCGCCUUUGUCCUCGCGCUCCGGCUCAUGCGGGCCUUCCCGUGGAACAACGCGGCGCACCAUGUGCUCGCCGACUUUGUUAUUGCUGGCAUUGAGACGCCGCACCCGUCGAUUGCCGCAGCAGCGGCUUCGGACCCGGUCCGGUGCGCGCUUCUGGAUCUUGUCGACGCCAACGCCGCCGCCGAGGACUCGGCUGUUCACCGGUUCCCGCUCCGCCUCGGCUACAUGGGCCACGUCAACCUCAUGUGCUCUGCCCUCGUCUCGGCUCUCGAGGCCGGCCGCAUCACCAACGACGCGCUCGCCGAGACUACCCAGGUCCGCUUUGCAGCCUACAUCUCGGGUGACUACGACUCGUACCGCCAGUACAACGAGACAACGCUGGGCGCCGCUGCCUACGACAUGUCGAUGUCGUUUGCCUCGGACGCCAUCCUCCUCGGCUCGGGCGAAGCCGAGGUCUCGCCGUGGGACGCCCUCCCCGACGGGUAUGACCCCGACAAAGUCGUUGCCGUCGCCGCCUACCGCUUUGUCGGCCAGGAGCCCGGAGAGCUCUCGUUUCCGCGCGACGCCCUCCUCUCGCACGUCACCCCUAUGGAGGACUCGGCCUGGCUGCAGGGCGAGUACAAGGGCGAGAUCGGCAUGUUCCCCACCUCGUUUGUCAACCUCACCACCACUGAGGCCAUUCUGGCCAAGCAGGCCGAGGCCUCGGCGGCUUCGGGUGACGCUGAGCGCGAGGACUCGGGCGUCUCGGCUGUCGCCCUCUACAACUUUGACGCCUCGCACAUGGACGAGCUCUCUUUUGUUGCCGGCCAGCACAUCUCCAACGUCUGGGUCUGUGAGGGCGAGGACGAGUGGCUCUCUGGUGCCAUUGACGGCCGCAUCGGCAUGUUCCCCUCGUCUUUUGUGCGCAUCCUCGACGACGCUGCACCUGCCGCCCCAGAGCCCGCCGCUACUGAGCCUGCCGCUGCCGACACUCUGCCUCAAGUCCUCCCCGAGGUUCUUCCCGAGCCCGCCGCCGAGGCCCUCCCCGAGGUCCUCCCCGAGGUUCUGCCCGAGGUCCUCCCCGACUCCGACCUUUCUGCCCUUCCCGACUCGCUCCCCGAGGACGUCGAAUGA